AUGACAGAGCCAAGUAAACAGGCGGAUUCCACGCCACCUAAUGAUAACGAUAUCGACAUCUUGACUUUUGGUGUCUCAUCGGAGGCCAUUGCUCUAUUCUUUCAGAAACAAUUGGGUAUUAGUGCGGAGGAUGACCACCUGAUCCGAUUUGGAAAACCCUUUCGACCACUGAUCAGAAACCUUGGUCCUGUUAGAGAACAAUUGAAGAGGCUGAAGAGUCUUCACGGUCUAGUGAUGAUCGGAGGUGUGGAAAAGACUAGGACAGCCUUCGACAGCUCAACUGAGGCACCAGUUACAACAUUAAACCGCGAGGAAAGCGAUCUUCUACCUUUUGCAACCACCAAGAGCAGUGGAGAUGACGAAAUUCCAGCCUAUGACCGGUCUACAGCCCUUCUCCACUUUCAAGCCUUCUUGUCCUUCAUCGAUGAAUUUUUCGGCAAGAAAAUCCAAUUAUAUGAGCGCCUUCGCAAUGGCGAGGAGCAUCACAUAGCCUUUGAGAACCUCUGGAUGUUAUUCGACACCGAUGAUACCAUAUAUUGCCCGCUUCGCGAAGCAACAUCAGAAGAACAUGCUAAUUCCGAAGGUGAUGAUGAUCAUACUCAAAUUCGACGGUAUACUCCGCAAGCUUAUCGAGUGGUGGCUACUUCUGGAGGCAUGCCUUUGACGAGAACCAUGGCUCCUGUACUGAAAGUAACGAUUGAGGAUGAUGUCGUUGCUCCUGGUCCAGUUAGCAAAUCCUCCAUGAAGGCAAAUGUCAAGACUCUCGCGGAUAUACUGACGCAGACGGCCAAGAUUUCAAGAAACAUCAGAGACAUGAAAUUGGCAUUUGAAGGCGGGUCCAGCACGGAUAAAUCGUUCAUUGAGGUCCCAGAAUUUAAAUCGCUCUCAUCUCUCUGGUUGUACAAUUCAAGAAUGGAGACUUAUGAGCUCCUUGGGAAAUCGGAUUACUCUUGCUCUAAUAAGUGGUGCUACAAUCAGGACUGCACGUCAAAUGUGUACGUUGAAUCACAGAAAACGCAGCGGAACAAGAUUCAGUCAAAGAUUGAACUCGUACUCGAAGAGUAUGAAAGCGAGAAGAAGCAGCAACACAAGGACGACGUGGGAUGGCUAAAGAAACUUAUGGCGGAUAACGACAUUAUCACACUCUUACCAGGGGCAGUACCGGGCUUCGCUCUGAGAAAUCGAAAAUGGGUUCUUCUCAACCUCGCGCAACUCAGGCCUCUUGAGCAGAGCGAUAGUUGGGAGAAUCUUGUUCUUCCCCGGGGACAUCGAAAGAUGGUUCAAGCCAUGGUAGAGACCCACACACAAAAUAUCAGCGCCAACAAGGACGUCAACGUCGGAAUGGAUUUGGUGCAAGGGAAAGGGAGAGGAUGCGUUAUCCUCUUGCACGGGGUGCCAGGAGUUGGCAAGACUUCUACGGCUGAAUGUGUCGCUGCUUAUACUAAGAAGCUACUAUACUCUAUCACCUGCGGUGACAUUGGCGUUGAGCCUCGAGAAUUGGAAAGAAACAUGGAUAAUCACUUCAAGCUGGCAAAUAGAUGGGGCUGUGUACUUUUGCUCGAUGAAGCAGGCGUGUUCCUUGCCAAACGUGAUCAAAAAGAUAUACAGAGAAAUGGACCAGUUUCAGCGUUUCUGCGCAUGCUGGAGUACUACUCUGGAAUCCUAUUUCUCACCACGAACCGAGUCGGAGCCAUUGACGACGCAUUUCGUUCGCGUCUGCAUCUAACUCUCUACUACCCCAAGCUCACAAAGAAGCAAACGAAACAGAUUUUCGAGCAUACUUUUCAACGAAUCGCCGGCAUAAACGUCGAUCGCAGGAACAGGAAUCUGCCAGCAUUUGACUACGUAAACUCGGAAAAGAAAAUCAUGCGUUGGGCCGAGGAUACCUGGAAGGAGCUGAGAUGGAAUGGCCGCCAGAUCCGCAACGCAUUUCAAACUGUCCUCGCACUAUCUGAAUUUCAUGCUAAGAGUAGCAAUAGCGAGUCAACAAGCCCGAUCAUAACCAAGAAAGAUUUCAAAAUCGUUGCUAGUGCCUCUAUCCAACUCAAUCAGUAUCCGUUAGCGACCCACGGUCAAGACGAAGAUUCGAUGGCAGGACGCGAGACCAUGAGAGCAAAGAACUACGCGCCCUCCCCUGAGAUGGCCAAGUUAUUUUACUCUGGUUUCAGCUCGGAGGGGGAAGAUAGCAGCGAUGAGUCGAAAGCCUCUACCGAUUCAGAUGAAUCAGAUGAUUCCGAAGCCAGAAGGAAGAAAAAGAGCAGUAAGAGAAAGAAGGAAAAGAAGUCGAAGAGUAGUAACAAGAAAAGCAAGAAGAUCUCGGAGAAGGAUGAAAAAUCGGAAAAGAAGUCUAAAGAAAAGAAAAAGGAAAGAAAGAAAAAGAAGGAGGAAACUGAAGAAAGUGAAGAAAGUGAAGACUCUGACUGA